GCAACCUUGGUGAUUUCUAGUCAUUCGAUUCCUUCGGCAACACUCACUCCCACCUUUCCGUCAAGAUGGCCCCAAAAUUGGACCCUAAUGAAAUCAAAAUCAUCUACCUGCGAGCAACAGGUGGUGAAGUCGGUGCUUCCUCUGCACUUGCACCAAAAAUCGGUCCCCUCGGUUUGUCCCCCAAGAAGGUCGGAGAAGAUAUCGCCAAAGCCACCUCCGCAUGGAAAGGUCUACGAGUAACGGUCCAACUUACGAUUCAGAACCGUCAGGCAGCUGUCGCUGUCGUACCUUCUGCCUCCUCUCUCGUCAUCCGUGCGCUCAAAGAGCCCCCACGUGACCGUAAGAAGGAGAAAAACAUUAAACACUCUGGCAACAUCACUUUGGAUGAAGUUUUUGAGAUUGCCCGGACGAUGAAGUCGAAGUCUUUGGCAAAGAACUUGGCUGGUGGGGCGAAGGAGAUUCUUGGCACAGCUCAAAGUGUCGGAUGUACAGUUGAUGGGCAGCCUCCUCAUGAUGUCAUUGAUGGUAUUAACUCUGGAGAGAUCGAAGUGCCAGAUGAGUAAAGGAUGGUUGCAUGUAUUUUCUAUCUCGCAUUAUCAUCAUUUAUUUUCCGGCAUCGUGGUU